CAGUAAGUAAUAGAAAUAUAUGUCAUGGUACUUCUGGGCCCAUGCGCAUAGGUUGGACUCUGGGGUUCACAGCCUUUCAAGAUGUUGCCAAAUCAUCCAUCUCUAACUUGUCCUGGGUUGUUUCUACUCCAACAGCCAUUAUCCCUGCCUGUUGGCUAGACUGACUGGGAUUGAUGGUUUAUACAGUCCAAAGCAUCUGGAGGGUACUGCUUUGAGGAAGGCUGCUAGACCACUGUUCCAUGUGUUCUUGUCAUGAGAAAUACAUUCCUUUCUCUUGUUCAGUUCAGUGAUUGGUAUUACUGAGCUCUACUUAGAUACUAAAUAGGCAAAAUUAUAUUUCUUAAGGGAGCAGAUCAUGUCAGCAUAGAAUGUGGAGGAUUUUGAGUUUACACAGAACACUUAAACAUGAAGUAUGGAUAAACUUUCCCUGGAGGAAAGACUCCCUGGAGAAGAGCCUAAUGCUGGGAACAACAGAUGGCAAAAGAAGAAGGGGACGGCAGAGAAUGACAUGGCUAGAUGGAGUCACUGAAGCAGUUGGCGUGAGCUUGAGUGGACUCUGGUGGAUAGUGGAAGACACUUCGACUAACAACAACAUGGAUAAACAUCUGCUGCAUAGAAAGCAAAAUUCCUUGCAAAUGCAUGAUCAAGGAAACAAGCUUCUUGAAUGUGAAAUAGAGUGAUCAGCAGUAGGAUGCAUAUUGUUCCAUAAUGCAACUUUCCAAUUGUUCGAUGCUUUUGUUCUUUUGAUUAUCCAGGUUCUAGCCCCACACAGCCUUGAAAUGCACUUGGCGACUUUGGGCCAGUCACUCACUCGCAGCCUAAUCUGCCCACAGGGUUGUUGUUGUGAAGAUAAAAUGGAGCUAUGUAAAGUACCUUGAUUUCCUCACAAGUGGGAAAAAGGACUCUGCUAUGGCAAGUAAGAUUUCUGUGGCCUUCCUCCUUUUACUUUCCGUAUACUUGCUUUGUGAAGCUCGCAACCAUGGCACCACUACUUUUCAAACUGCAGAGAAACUUAUUCUGGAGAAGGCAGCUGGUAUCAAUGUUGAUCUGGCCACAGAUAUGCAGAGGCAUCACCUUCAGGAACUCUUCUCUCGAUAUGGAGAGAACAAUAUAUUGACUAUUGAAGGGUUUAGAAAACUGCUACGGAAUAUGGGCAUUGAAAAGGUGAAAAGAAUGUCCCUAGAUCACGAGCACCAUCACCACCAUCAUAAUCAUGUCACCUUCAGUACAAACUUUGAGAAAACAGGUUGCCUGAGUGAUGAAUCUGCAGGUGGAAACACAGAUCAUCCGAAUAAUCAGGAUUUGCCAAAAAUAGAGAGUGCUGACCACCAGCAGGUUCCUGUGAAUAGCAACAGCACCACUGUUGCUAUAACUGCAGCCACCUUCACCAUGGUCACAGAGGAUAACCUGCUACAGCAUCCAGAGACUGCAGAACUGAGGUCUACACAUGAGGGUUUUGCCAGUCCCAAUCCCAGCAAUGCCCUUGACGGCAGCAAUGGAAGUUUGUCAGCAAAUGGAAAAGCAAACGAAUCCUUCAUUUUCAUGAGAAAACCUGAAAGAGGAAGUUACAUGUAUUCUAAAAUAAGAAAACAAGUUACAGAAGAGUGCUUCAAUGCAUCAAAACUCAUGGUUUCUCAUGGAAUAAAUACACAAGUUCAGUUGACGGCCACAGAAUUCAACUAUCUUUGUCCAGCGAUCGUUAACCAGAUUGAUGGAAGAUUCUGUAUAUUUCAUGCAACAGGUGAAAAGGCAGAAACUCCUCCAAAAACGUAUUCAUUGCAAGUAGCUUGGAUUGGUGGAUUUAUAUCCAUUUCCAUCAUCAGUUUUCUUUCCUUACUGGGUGUAAUACUGGUGCCUCUUAUGAAUCGUGUAUUUUUCAAGUUCCUUUUAAGUUUCCUUGUCGCAUUAGCAGUUGGUACCCUAAGUGGAGAUGCUCUUUUACAUCUCCUUCCUCAUUCCCAUGGAAAUCACCAUCACCAUCAUGAGAAACUCCUAGUGGAGCACAAUAAAGAUCCCCCUUUUAAGCAUCUUGUUUUUCAAAGUUCAGAAGAAAGUGCUUAUUUGGAUUCCACCUGGAAGGGCCUCACAGCCCUCGGAGGGCUAUAUUUUAUGUUUCUUGUUGAGCACUUGAUCACCUUAAUUAAACAGUUUAAAGACAAGAAAAAAAAGAAAAAAAAUGAAGAUGAAGAAGCAGAAAUCAAGAAGCAGCUGUCUAAAUAUGACUCUCAACUUUCAACUAAUGAAGAAAAAAUAGAUGCAGAUGAUCGACCUGAAGCUUACUUGGGAGCACAUUCGCAAGAUCCAUCCAAUUUCAUCUCGCAGAAGCCAGUAGUACAAGAAGAAGAAGAAGUUAUGAUAGCUCACUCCCACCAAGAGACUGCUGACCACGAAUAUGCAUCCAGGGGGUGCAGAAAUAAAUGCCAUUCGCAUUUACAUGACACCCUUGGGCAGUCAGAUCAUCUCAGUCAUCAUCACCAUGACUACCAUCAUAUUUUGCAUCACCACCACCAUCAGAACCAUCACCCACAUAGCCACAGCCAGCGCUAUUCACGAGAAGAACUGAAGGAUGCUGGGAUAGCCACUCUAGCCUGGAUGGUGAUUAUGGGUGACGGACUACACAACUUCAGUGAUGGUCUGGCAAUCGGAGCGGCUUUUACUGAAGGUUUAUCCAGUGGUUUAAGUACUUCGGUUGCAGUCUUUUGCCAUGAGUUACCACACGAACUAGGAGAUUUUGCUGUACUUCUCAAAGCUGGCAUGACUGUCAGACAAGCUGUUCUUUAUAAUGCCCUGUCUGCUAUGUUGGCUUACCUUGGAAUGGCUACUGGCAUACUCAUCGGUCACUAUGCUGACAAUGUUUCCAUGUGGAUCUUUGCACUCACUGCUGGGCUGUUCAUGUAUGUGGCCCUUGUUGACAUGGUGCCGGAAAUGCUCCACAAUGAUGCUAGUGAUCACGGAUGUAGCCGCUGGGGGUAUUUUCUCUUACAGAACGCUGGAAUUCUGUUAGGUUUUGGUAUUAUGUUACUUAUCUCUGUGUUUGAACAUAAAAUUGUGUUCAGCAUAAACUUGUAGGGUUAGAUUCAGACUUCCUCAGUGGGGUUCCACCUGUGAUAGAGGAAUUGAGGGAAGUAAUUUCGGCUCCUCCUUUCCACUGCAGCACUCUGAAAUUUUGCUCCAGAGGGUUGGUGACCUGACAGAAGACCAUGAGGGGUGCAGUGAAGGGCUGUAAGGGAAAUGAGCAACUAUUGUUCUCCCAUCCUCCAAAGGGGAACUUGCGCUGGAUAUCAGCCCCUUCCUCAAACGGAAGGAGCCCUUCCUUCCAUGGAAAUGACAUUCUCUUCCAUGAUACUUCGUUUACUUUCCUCUUACCAACAUUACAUUGCAAAUGCACUUGUAGGCACUUCUCCCUGCCCCCUUAAUUCCUACUCAUGAGACAUUUAGAUUAGGCAUUUUUUAGUUGUGUGAGCCGCUUGCAUACGUAUCAGAGUACUGUAUAUAGCACUAUGGAGAAACUGGUUUAUUAGAUGAUCUUUUAUCAACCAUAGUGGAAGCUAAAACUAUAAGGGAAGUAGUUUUAACUGAUACUUUUUGAAGAAGUUAUUUAAUACUGUGAACAGAUCUACAUCAUGCAGUGUCAGUUUUGUCUGUGUUAAACUGGUACGAUCAUUUGAACUGGGGUUGCAUUUAAUGUAUCUGGUGUAGAAAAACCUAAAGAUGUAAUUUUCACUCUUUCAUAGAAAAAAACUAUUCUGUGCACUUCUAAAUGGUUGUGCUAAUAUAAACAGCGAGAUGCUUUGAUAGUUGGAUUGUCAUAAAAAUGACGGGUUCUUUGGUCAAUCUUUGUGUUUACAGAAUAAUUAAAUGUUCUGAAGUAAAAACUUCUGUUGCCUCAAAAAUCUAACUCUACAUAAAGCUCUGCAUUGAACCAGUA